UGUGUGUGUGUGUGUUUGAAAAAAGGAUGGGGGUGUAUGGAAAGCCUCAUAUACAAAACUAGAGAGAAUCUGAGAGUGAGGGAGAAAAAAUGACAUAAAGCAGAAGGAUUCAUCUCAGAAUGAACAAAAAGAGCAGCUGAAUGAUCAUUCAUUCUUCUCCAGAGAGGUAAGUGGAUAACAUCUCUGCUACUUGUGACUCCAACAGAGAAACAGAUGACCGUAACAUCUCCGGCAAACGCAAAUUCAGGUAAGGAUAUAAGGUCAAUGCACUUAUCUUGCAUCUUUGCUUUCUAUUUAUAGUGUCUGCUGUGAGUCGUUUGCAAAAGCCUGAUCAUCCUUGUCAUGAUGAUGGACUGAGUUAACAAUUUUUUUCUCCAUAAAAAACAAAGCUCGACUACUGUGUCUCUGGUCACACUGUCAUGUUGUUUUUCCAGAUAUUUAACAACUAGUGCGGUUUGAAGACAGACGCCAAAGGUGGCAGAUGCUUUCACAAUGCGAGUUGCCUCAUUUUGUUGGUCUUUGCCGGUGAUUUCACGCUUAGCAUCGUCCUGAAGAGCUGAACAUCAACAAAGACACGAUGCAAACUCCAGCGUCCAUGCUGAUGGGAGUGGUGUUCGCACCCUUGGGCCUUGUGCUGAUGUUCACCGCAGCGAUCACCCCGCAGUGGAGGGAGGGUCAUGCGCGGCUUGGUGCGGCAGGGCGGGGCGGAGCAACGGAGCUCCUCCUACUCCGCUCAGACGGCCUAUGGGAGAGCUGCCUGCAGGUAGUGCACUCGGAGGUCAAAGAGUGCUGGCCCGUGUCGGGGUCCUACCAGCGGGAUGCUCGGGUUCGAAUGGUCCAGGGGAUGGUGCUGUCGUCUCUCUUCCUGUGCGGUGCGGGGAUCGUGCUCGCCAGCGUGGGGGUCCGCUGCUGGACCGAUAUCCCGCUCAGGAGUGUGGCGGCAGCCGGUGGCCUGCUGGUUGUGCUGGCAGGCGUGCUCAGUUUGGCUGCGUUAGGGGUGUAUACUCGGCAUCUUUCGAAGCUGGGGAUCGAGGUAGAUUCAACUGUAUCGGAGACGCAAGGACUCAACGUACACAAGCCACCCCGGCUAACGCUACACCCGGCCGGGUCGCUCUACUUCGGCUGGGUGGGAGCUUGGGUACAGGUGCUGGGAGGGGCCGCACUACUUUUUGGGUUCAAAAGCAUGAGGUGUUCAUUCCGCCAUAAUCAGAGACUCAAAGACAGUACUGAGAUGUAUGAGGUGAACUGUUAGAUGGGCCGAUCAUUUAUGAGAGAUGAAGAGACUCUUAUGGUGUUCAAACACAUUGAGAUUGGCUAUGUUCAGACUGCAAGCGAAUGUGGCCCAAAUCCAUUUUUGUUUUUUUUGUUUUUUUGCUUUGCUUAUUUGUGACUCACAUCUCUUUUUUUCAUGGUAGUGUGAACAGCACAAACCACAUUCAAUCUGAGUCCGAUUUGUGCCACUUCCACGUGUGGUACUAAAUCCGUUACAGGCAGAUGUUUUGCAAUGCGACCUCACUGAACAGUCAAAUUGGAAUUCAUGGAACUUUUGCAUCGCUGAGGUGACCAAACUCGGUCCUGGAGGGCCACUGCUGCAGAGUUUAGCUCCAACUCCGUUUAGCCUUAAAAUACCUUCCUAGAAGCCUUUAGUUUUGUUCAGACCUUUAUUAGCUGGUUCAGUUGUGGUUCUUUGGGGAUGGAGCUAAACUCUGCUGGACAGUAGGCCUCCAGGAGCAGGAUUAGACAGCUUUGUUGCAUAAAAUAAUGUUAUGAAAUUGAUUUAAAUCAAUUCGUCUCUAGAGCAACAUUCUUCUCAAUUCUGCACUCACACAGAGGUGUAGUGGUAAAAAAGAGGUGGGUAAACUAUAAAUUCUGGUGGACCACGACGUGGUCACCAGGUAAGGUGGGCCACUGCCCACCGGUGUCCGGAGGGCUUGACAUUAAGCCUUUUCAUACUUAAAUUCUCUUGUCAGAGUAAAAAAGUCGCUCGUCCGGAAUUUUUAUUUUUAUUUUGUGUGUGUUCAUUUAUUUUGAAACAAAAUUCUCAUCUUUAUUCAAUCAGCUUUGAUAUUUAAAUCACCAUAUUGUAAUAUCUGCAGCUUUAAAGGGCAUCCCCUCCCCCAAUAUCAUUUAAUGUAUGCUUCAUCUUUCAUUUUAAAUUCCUAAAUUUGAUCAAUAAAUUCAAUUAUUUCGAAUAAUAAGACACUAUG